CCUCUUUCCUCCUUCGUUAUGGAAGGUGCAGCUUUAUGCAGGCAUCGAGCCAGAUCCUUAGACGCUAGACCCCUACAGUAAAAUAGAGGGAAGUCCAAAAUGUAAAGGCAUUGUUAUCCUUGCGCGCUUGCACCCUGGUGGAGACAGAGUGACCGAUUUAUUUCAUUACCCCGUCUCGAGUGACCUUGGCUGGGGCUUAAACUCUGUGCGCCCCUCCAGUUUCACUAUUCAGAGCUGCACUCUCCAAGUCGCAGCAGCAGCAAAGGCAUUUUGGGGACCCAAAGGGCUGUCAACAUGAGCCCAAACACAAAGACCGCUGCGUUGCUAUGAGGAGAGGGAUUGUUUCUGAAAGUCAUAUUCUCCCAGUCCCAAUGAGAACCAUGAGCACUGUGGAGGAGGAGCCGGACCACAUGAUACCAUGAAGAGAAGCCUGCAGGUCCUGCGCCGCCAGCUGCUGAGUGUCCUAGUGAUCCUGGCUGUGCCAGUGGGCCUGGUGUCUUCUACCCAGGAGCUGUACCCCAGCCGGACCCCCCAGGACCCUGUCUCCAUGGCAGCACCCCACAGCAGCCCCCCUAACCCGCUCUCGGCCCUGGCCCCCCCAGACUGGCAGCAGGAGGGCUCCAGCAGCGGGGACUCUUGGUCCCCACAGGGAGGGGCAAUGCCCACGGGCAUCAUCCAGCCCACCGCAUCCCACAGCUCUUGGGGCUGGCAUCUAAACCACAACACCAGCCUGGGACACAUUGUCACACCACCCAGUAGAGACAGCCUCAUUCAAGCUGCAGCUACUGUCAGUCCUAACACUGUGAGCUCUGUGGGAGUUAACCAAGACCCUGGCCUUAGCUCUGCCAGCCCCAGCCCAGUCAAGCAGGCCCACUCCCCCAGCUCUAGUGCUCUCAACCAAGGCCACAGCUCCAGCUCUCUCAGUGCAGACCAGGGCCUUAUGCCCAACUCGUUCAGUGUAAAUAAAGCCCGUAGCCCAGAUACUGUCAGUGUUAACCAGGGCAACAGCCCUCCUAGCCCUACCAACUCUGGUGGCCCGCAUAGUGAGGUGGCUCCAGACUCUGGGUCUGCCCUGGCUCCUCCUGUGCCCAGCCCACUCACAGAGAGAGGGCAUACUCUUGACCCGGAGCUUGGUGGUCUCCUGUCCCCCACACACACGCAUGCCCCCCUGGUGGGGAACGACGAGGAGGCCACAGACCCCAGUCAGCAGGACUUCACCACUGAGCUGCAGCCUUCCUCCCUCUCCUCCUCCUCCUCUUCCUCAGUGGAUGCUGCAUUAGAUCAGACCCUCAGGGAGCAUGUUGAAGCCACGCCCGAGCUGUCCCGACCCCACGCCAUCACCCUACGGGGGGUGCACCCCAUGGUCAACGAAAGGCCCACCAGGGAGCUCAAAACAGAGGGGCCUGCCUCUCCAAAAGAGAGCCCACCAGACAAGCCCCCCUCCCCGGCCCCCACCUCUCCAUCUCCCCCCUCCCUGACCCAUGCUAGUCUGGCCCCAAAGUCCAGCCCUGUCUCCACCAAUGGUACCAUAACCAAUGACACCACAGCCCAGGAGACUGGCAGUGGCGGGGGCCCCCCUCUCCCCCCUCAGGGUACAACAACAGACGAUGCCCCCCUUGGCCCACAAAGCCCACUUGGGAAUGGCACUUUUCAUAACGGCAGUGUGGAGGGCAGCCCUAGCAAGAACCCCUCCUCCCAGUGGAACAGCUCGUCCCCUACGGAGCCGCCCUCCACGGCCAGUGGGAACUUUCUGAACCGCCUGGUUCCCGCCACCACCAGGGACCCCUGGGGUCCAGGCAACGGCUCUGGCCCCGCUAUGGACUCGCCGCUGUCCCGCGCCACCAUCUGCCUGAGCAAGAUGGACAUCAUGUGGAUCGUGUUGGCUAUCAGUGUGCCUGUGACCUCAUGCUCUGUCCUGCUGACUGUGUGCUGUAUGAGGAGGAAGAAGAAGUCUUCAAGCCAGGAGAACAACCUGAGCUACUGGAACAAUGCCAUCACCAUGGACUACUUCAACAGGCACGCGGUGGAGCUGCCUCGUGAGAUCACGUCCCUAGACAACGCUGAGGAGACGUGCCUACCUCCUAAUGGAGACUACAGCGACAGCGGGGUGGUGCUGGUUAACCCUUUCUGCCAGGAGACCCUGUUCAUCAACAGAGAGAAGGCCUGUGACAUCUAGAGCGGACAGAUGCUGGUCUGGUGGCCAUGUCCUGAUACCACCAGUACAAGACUGUCAAAAAUAAAAGUCUGACUUUCAAAAUAAAUGUCCCCCUGCCCUUUUCUCCCUUUCGUUGUCAUUUUUAUACAUGUGGUUAACUUCAGAAACACCCACUUUAUACUGUAUAUUAUGAAUACAUAAACGAGACUAAGAGAAGAGCUAAAAACAGAAACUAUUUACUAUGAGGGUUUGCCUGCAUAUUUUUCUGAUGUACAUUUUCUACAAAAGCUUAAUUGUGAUAAUGUUUUUUAUGUCUUUAUAAUCUACGGAGUAUGUGUGAUUUGCGUUUUGUUACAGUGGCUUGAUGGUGAGAGCAUUGUGGACAUGGCCACUUGAAUUCUGCUUUAGAGAAAAUACAUUAUGUAAGAACGUUAUGUUUCAUUUUCUUAAAAAUCAAACCCAAAAUACUUACUGAAAAGCCUGUUGAACUUGAAUUCUGUACCUACGUACUUGAGGGGAUACGGAGGUUUAGGGCAAGGUUUGUGAGGCCAGGUUUUAGUAGAGAGUGCCCAAAGGGUAUAGGGUUGUAUCUGAAUAGACCAAAUGGACUUUCCCCCUCGCGUGUCACCAGCCUCUCUGUUGAGGGACCACGUACAUGUCUUAACUCCCUUUGUCAAGGUGUGUGUGUGUGUGUGUGUGUGUGUGUGUGUGUGUGUGUGUGUGUGUGUGUGUGUGUGUGUGUGUGUGUGUGUGUUUUUUUGUUUGUUUGUUUUUGUGUGUGUGUGUAUCUCUGUCUGUUUGUCUGUAUGGAUUUGUGUUAUGGAGUGGGGUCUGGUUUUGGCAGUCAAUGAUGUUUGUUUAACGUUAGCCCUCUCUAACCCUAAAUAUUUUGAGACCAAACAUAUCAUAAUCUCCCUCCAUAAGUACAGUAUUUGUCCAUGAGAGUAAAUUGUGUUUAUUACUGUAAUGUACAGAUACUGAAUGAUAUUUGAUUUAAUUUCUGGAUGUAAAAAUAAAAAAUGCCGUAGAAAUCAUGACCAAUGAAAAUACUGAGAUAAUAUUUUAUCCUGAAUAUUUACUGUGAGCACAUACAGUGGCAGAGUUGAAUCAAACAUACAUAUUUUGUUUCAUUAUCAAAUCGAUUUGUGUAUCAUGCUUUACUUUUGCUUUGUCACAUGUUUGUAGUUGCUAAAUGCUGCCUUUUGUUACCGCCUCUGCUUGUCACAUUGUGUGAAACGCUGAUCUGUUAAAUCAUACUACCCUGCGUUUGAAAAUUUUGUUGAAUUAUCGUUUUGUUGAAUAUGUUAUCAAUCUACUGGAUGUGCACUGAGUAUACCAAACAUUAGGAACACCUUCCUAAUAUUAAGGUGCACCCCUCCCCCCUUUGCCCUCAGAAGACACUCAAUACGUCAGGGCAUGGACUCUACAAGGUGUCGAGAGCGUUCCACAGGGAUGCUGGCCAAUGUUGACUCCAAUGCUUCCCACAGUUGUGUCAAGUUGGCUGGAUGUCAUCUGGUUGGUGGACCAUUCUUGAUACACACAGGAAACUGUUGAGUGUGGAAAAACCCAGCAGUGUUGCAGUUCUUGAUACAAACUGGUGCGCCUGGCCCCUACUACCAAACCCUGUUCAAAGGCACUUACAUUUUUGUACUGCCCAUUCACCCUCUGAGUGACACACAUACCCCAUCCAUGUCUCAAUUGUCUCAAGGAUUAGAAAUCAUAAUUUAACCUGUCUCUUCCCCUUCAUCUACACUGAUUGAAGUGGAUUUAACAAGUGACAUCAGUAAGGGAUCAUAGCUUUCACCUGGAUACACCUGGCCAGUCUAUGUUAUGGAAAGAGCAGGAGUUCAUAAUGUUUUGUAUACUCAGUGUUGCUGCAAUGGGCAUGAGGUGCCAUACCAGAGAAUGGGUAUUUUGCUAAAUGUAGAAUGGAGAGGAGGGGCAGUAUCUUGUGUCCAGCGUCAUGUAUUUUUUGUAUCGUAACAUACACUGUCAUUUUUAAUGCUGAGCAAUAAAAGAGAAAAGCUUUGAA